CCGAAUCUUGCCCUCGCCGCCUUAACUAGAGGCUCCCAAGCAGCGCCACAAUCAACACACCAGUACAAACACACCCAUUACACACUCACUAGGUUAGACAAAUUAAAGCAGCAGCAGCACCGGCCCACUAGUAAAGAGCUCCACCUGAAAUUCCGAAGUAAUUAACAAUCUACAAUCUACCAUCUCCCAUCUCGCCAUCGGGAUCAUACACUCAAUUCUGGUCAAUCCACUCUUACUCUUUUUUCAUUCUCUCUGUUCCCUUCUUGUCGCCCAAUUGCGCCACGCCAUGCAAGGGCUUACUACUUCAACAACCACCAUGCUGACCCGCCAGCUGGUGCGGCGACAGCCCCUCGCCGCCUCAACCGUCGCCAGAAUAGUCGCGCAACGCACAUAUGCCACACCUUCCGGUCCUCCAGCCAAGGGUUUCCGACCACCACCACCUAAACGAUGGAACGAGGAGCAGGAAGGCGUAUUCGAUAGGGCUGGGAAGUACUUCCUCCUGACAGAAAUGUUCAGAGGCAUGUACGUUGCGAUGGAGCAAUUCUUCAGACCACCAUAUACAAUCUACUACCCCUAUGAAAAGGGCCCCAUCUCUCCCCGAUUCCGUGGCGAACACGCCUUGAGGCGCUAUCCCUCAGGUGAAGAACGAUGUAUUGCCUGCAAGCUCUGUGAAGCCAUUUGCCCGGCGCAAGCAAUCACAAUUGAAGCGGAAGAACGAGCCGACGGGUCAAGACGGACGACCCGUUACGACAUCGACAUGACCAAGUGCAUAUACUGUGGCUUCUGCCAGGAGUCAUGUCCCGUCGACGCCAUCGUCGAGUCGCCCAACGCCGAGUACGCGACGGAGACAAGAGAGGAGCUAUUAUACAACAAGGAGAAGCUCCUAUCCAACGGAGACAAGUGGGAGCCAGAGCUGGCUGCUAUCAUCAAAGUAGACUCGCCUUACAGAUAAUCAAAUCGAAAUCAAAUCAAGGUUUUAUCACAGGGGCGUUUGUAUUGUACGCUGUAAAUAUUCUUACUAGAAAGGCGAUGGACAUGUUCCAUUUAUGGCAUUAAACAUUGCAUUUUGAAGAUCUCAGCCCUUAUUUAUUCCAGUCGCAACUAUACCGAGUC